UCUAGUGGACGGGACGCUUCUUCUACAACAACAGCUAGUCAGACACCUCCGUAGCUUUCUAGCAAACAUAGCUACAACAUUCACGCUCUUUACACGGUUUUCGUGUAUUUUAGUUGCUGUGUGUGAAAACACACUUCUGUCGUAUGUACUUGUUGGCCCAUUUAAUUAUAUAUUGACGUUGUUUGUCAGCUAGCUGGUUUGCUAAGUUAGCUUAGAACUAGACUAGUCGCUAAUGCUAGCUAGCUAGCUAACAUCUCCGACCAUGAGUUCACUAAGCCACUCUCCUCUUGAUAAAGAUGAGGAGUUCGGCUGGACGGAGAGAGAAACUCUCGUGAAAGAGGAAGAGGAGGAUGUCACAGUACAAAAACAAGUAGAGGGUGAGGCUGUUACCGUGAAAGAAGAAGAGAAAGACGUUUCAGUGAAAGAAGAGGAAUACUCGUUCAGAGUGAAAGAGGAGGUGGAUGUUACAGUAAAAGAAGAGGAGAAAGAGGAGGAUGCAGUUUUUGGAGUGAAGGAGGGGACCAUGACUGUCACAUUGAAAGAGGAGAAGGAGGAGGAAGAGGUUGGAGAUCUGUUUAACACCAAAGAGAGACGAGACUAUCGUGGAUCCUCUUGGGAGCCUCAACAACAUCAUGAUGCUGACGAGGCAGAGAAGAGUCUCUCCACAUCAGAACACCUCAAGAAACACCAGCAGAAACCCACAGGAAAGAAAUCUCACUGCUGCUCUGACUGUGGGAAAUGUUGCAAAUCUUCAUCAGAACUUAAAAUACACCAGCGAGUACACACAGGAGAGAAAUCUCACCACUGUUUUUACUGUGGGAAGAGUUACUCAUGUUCAGAUUCACUAAAAGUACAUCAGAGAAUUCAUACAGGAGAGAAACCUUAUAGCUGUGAUCAAUGUGGGAAGAGUUUUACUCAGUCAGGCUGUCUGGUAGUGCACCAGAGAACACACACAGGAGAGAAACCUAACCACUGCUCUGACUGUGGGAAAAGUUUCUCAAGAUUAGAUUCACUAAAAGUACACCAAAGAAUUCACACAGGAGAGAGAAAUUUCUGCUGCUCUUACUGUGGGAAACAUUACUCAAGGUUAAAUUCACUGCAAGGACACCUGAGAAUUCACACUGGAGAGAAAUCUUACAGCUGUGAUCAAUGUGGGAAGAGUUUUGCUCAGUCAGGCAACCUGCUAGUGCACCAGAGAACACACACAGGAUAUAAACCUUAUGGCUGUGAUCAAUGUGGGAAGAGUUUUACUCAGUCAGGCAGCCUGAAAUCACACCAAAGAAUACACACUGGAGAGAAACCUUAUGGCUGUGAUCAAUGUGGGAAGAGUUUUACUCAGUCAGGCAGCCUGAUAGUGCACCAAAGAGCACACACCGGAGAGAAACCUUAUGGCUGUGAUCAAUGUGGGAAGAGGUUUGUUGCAUCUAACUAUCUGACUACACAUCAGCGAACACACACAGAGCAAUCUUAUAGCUGUAAUCAAUGUGAGAAGAGUUUUACUCAGCCAAACACUCUGAUAGUACAUCUGAGAACACACACAGGAGAGAAACCUCAUGGCUGUGAUCAAUGUGGGAAGAGAUACUCUGAUAAAAGAUCUCUGAUAAAACAUCAGACAAUACAUACAUGAACGAGUUGUUUCAUGAUAUCAAUGAAAUAAUGUCACAAUGUAGAAUGUUUUAACAUUGUAGUAGGAGUAUUUUAAUGUCACAAUGUAGAACCCUAAAUGUUUGCCCCCUGUUCUAUUGAUUUCAACAUGAUAUGGCUAUUAACCUCAGGGGAAAAUCCAGGCUCUGAAAUGAAUGAGUACUAUUUAUAUGAUUUAACAAAUUGAGUAACAAAAAGAGUUGUGUUAUACUUACCACGUUAGUGACCCACUUGAAUCAAAAUGCAGCACUUAAAUGUAGCAAGCUCUUUUCUAACCAGUGAUGUACACAUUAUUCACAGAUUCUGUGUGGUUUCUGAGCUGUUAAUUUUAACAUGUUGUCCCCCCCUCUCUUGCGCAAUAUGAGUGAUGAAAAAUACAUGUUGUUUCUCUUAGUGUUGGGGACCCAUGAACUCAAAAUGUAGCUGACUGUCUUCUCCAGGUUGUCCUCUAACCAGGGUGGUAAAAUAUAUCUCCCAUUUCCAUGUUUUUGUUGUUGUGUUAGUUUCAAAAGCCCGUACAAUCUGAUUUCCCCCCUAAUCGAUAUCAGUGAUUUAGUUUCAAUGUACUUGCAGCCUAUACACAUGGACGCAGUAUAAUAAAUUGGUCUAUAAUCAAUUUUCUUAACAAUCCUACAUCACUCCAGCAUUUCGUGACAACAUUCAAAUGCUAAUUGUCUUUAUUCCACUACUGAAGAAGCAUGUCUCAAAUCACCUCAUAUUUCAAACAUCCAGCCUGACAAAAGAUACAUGUUUUAUUAUUCCAUGCCUCCCCAUUCAGUUAAUUAUUGUCAAUACAUAUUAACAAAGAGGUGUACAUUUGGUUUUGAUAUUUCAUAUUUACAAUUUAAUAAUUAUUGAUGCAAUCAAACUGACCAUUUUUGGGUACCAUUAUAUUGACAUUGUUGCCCUGCUUUUAUAAUAUCAGGGUUCAUUCUUGGAUGUGCCAACCCAAAUUUACUAGCGCAUGACAUUGGGGACUGGGCCCCGAUCCAACAACAUGCCUAUCUACUGAACCCAGAAAAGAGAAAGAAGCUCUGCAGUGAGGUGGAAAGUUACUACGGAUAUUGCAGGAGUUUCCUCUUGAAAUCAGACAUGUCUGUUGGUUGCUGAUUGUCUCAAGGGUGGGCAGUCAAAAAGUUUUGUGUUUAGCCAGUGCUUUGCCAUGGAUCACAAUUUAUUUUGACUGCACAUUUUUCUUUAUUGGAGAUGUUUUGUUUGGGCUCGUUCCAAGGGGAGGAGAUACUACGGAUAUUAAGGAGAGUUCUAGAAAGGAGUGAGUUUUAGAACGAGGAGUUCUAGAAGCUAAUGAGUUUUAGGAAGACGAGUUCUAGAAGCUAAAGAGUUUUAGGAUUCUAUAGAAAGAAAAAUGAGAAAAAAAUAAUACGAUUGUAUAUUAAUAUUUAGAAAUAAGUGUUUUUUCUUAAUUGUUGACAGCCAGUAGACACCAUGUUUAUAUUGGUGAAGGUGAAGCAUUGUAGUUGAUUAUCAUGUGAAAUUGAAGUUUUUUUCUGUUGGUGGUAAGCAAACUUGUCCAACAAAAAUAUAGGAUAUAUUUGUUUUCUUAAGGGGGAAGGUGUUACAGGCUUUGGUUUUUCCAUUUAUGCUUUGAGGUUGGACUUUAGCACGUAUAGCUCGUUAGCACGUAUAGCUCGUUAGCACGUAUAGCUCGUUAGCACGUAUAGCUCGUUAGCACGUAUAGC